CUAUCUGAAACCACUCAGUCGUAACGAUAGCAGCUAGUUGGCUAGCUAUCUUUGGUUUUUAGUUUCAGUGCUAACUAGCUACAUAUCGGAUACUUAUCUAGUUUACUACCAAAUGUGUCACAGUGAUGUCUGCUUUCCAGUAACUCGAUAAAAGACGCCAAGAUCAUGGCUAAUGUUUGAAAUGAUAUACUAUUAGCUAACGUUACAGUAGCUAGCAAAAUAAAUACAUUAAUUGGCAGUUUCUGUAUGAAUUAUAGUUAGUUGGCUGGCCAGUGAUAUCCAGUGAUGCUUUCUGUAGUCAGGUGUCAUGAUGACCACCAUCGUCCAUGACACCACUGAGGCGGUGUGUCUGUGUCAGGAGUACAACCUGUUCUUGAAACCCAUCGCCAAGAUGACGGUGAGUGUGGCACUGCCCCAGCUGAAGCUGCCUGGGAAGAGCAUCUCUAACUGGGAAGUGAUGGAGAGGUUGAAGGCCAUGGUAGCUCCUGAACAGUUCUCUGCCCUCAGGAUCUCUAAGAGCACCAUGGACUUCAUCCGUUUUGAGGGCGAAGUGGAGAAUAGAGGGGUGGUGAAGAUCCUGCUGGCCAAACUGGAUGGGAAGAGCAUCAAACUCAGCGGCUUCACUGACAUACUCAAGGUGCGUGCGGUAGAGAAUAAGAUGGACUUCCCGACACGUUAUGAUUGGGACUCGUUCUUCCGUGACGCCAAGGACAUGAACGAUACUGUUCCAGGAGAGAGGCCAGACACCAUCCACCUGGAGGGCCUGCCCUGUCGCUGGUUUAUCCUGCCUGACGGACCCCCCGACCGGCCCUCCGAGACCGCCCUGCAGGCGGUCUUCCAGGGUUUUGGUCCGGUGCGUCAGGUGGACAUCCCCAUGCUGGACCCGUACAGAGAGGACACUCUUGAUAAGAACUUCAACACCUUCACCUUCGGCGGCCAUCUUAACUUUGAGGCGUACGUCCAGUAUCAGGAUUAUGAUGGCUUCGCCAAGGCCAUGGACACACUGAGAGGCAUGAAGCUCAUGUACAAAGGAGAGGAUGGCAAGGCUGUGGCCUGCAACAUCAAGGUGACCUUUGACACCAGUAAGCACCUGAGUGAUGUGGCUCUGAAGAGACGCCAGCAGGAACGACUGAGAAUACAGGAGCUGGAGAGACAGAGGGAGGAGCAGAAACGCAGAGAGAAGGAGGAGGAGGAACGCAAGGAGGAGGAGAGGAAACACAAAGAGGUGGAGGAGGAGGAAAAGGUGCAGAGGAAAGUGGAGAGGAUACGGAAACGAGAGCAGAAGCUGAGAGAGAGGGAAGAGAAGAGGAACAUAAAGAAGGUGAAGAGGAGGCAGGAGGUGGAGCAGAAGAAGUUGCAGUUGAAGAUCGCGACGGAGGAGAGAAGGCUGUUGUUGGCUCAGCGGAACCUGGAGUCUAUACGCCUUAUGGCUGAACUACUGGGCAGGGCCAAGGCUCUGAAACAGCAGCAGCAGGAGAAAGAGAGAGCGGAAAGAGAGGAGCAAGAUAAGGAGGAGUUAGCCAGGCAAAAGGAGGAGUUAGCCAGGCAGAAGGAGGAGUUAGCGCGGCAGAAGCAGCUCGAGGCCUGCAGGCGGGAGCAGGAGGCGGAGCUGAGACGUGUGGAGUUAGAGAAGGGGCGUGCCUUGGAUCUGCAACGCAGAGAGAGAGAGCUGAGGGAGAGACUGGUUAGUAACCUGCUGAAGAAGGCUGGAGGAAAGGGAGAGAACCAGACCUCUAUCACCCAGCCCUCUGCCCUGACCAUGCCCAGGGGAGAGAGCUCCGACCUGGGGAAGACGGCCAGGGCCCUGGGGGUGAACGGGGUUAGACCAAGGGGAGAGGAGAGCCCCAGAGCUACCGUACGAUCACACGUCACUGAGAAACAGAUAGGAGAGAGGGAGAAGAGGCGAGGAGAAUGGGAGGAGAGGCGAGGGGGCAGAGAGGACAGGGAAGGAGGCAUGGAGGAGAGAAGAGGUUAUGGAUUGAGAAGUAGAGAGGUGAGGGAGAGGAGUCGGUCCCACAGCCGGGGCAGGAGGUGGUACAGCCGGACACGCAGCGGUAGCAGGAAAAGAAGAAGCUCUAGUAGAAAGAGUAGUGAUAGUCAGAGGAGAAGGAGAAGUGAUAGCAGACGGAGGAGAAGUGGUAGUUCUAAGAAGAAGAGAAGCUAUAGCAGGGGGAGGAGUGGUAGUUGUAUCCACAGGAGACACAGUCACCAUGGACGGGGCUGCAGCAGCAGGAGCACGAGCCGUGAUUGGAGCAGAAGCUCUAGUGGGAGGAGCCACAGCAGAUUGAGGAGGACACAUAGACAUAGAGACAGCAGGCACAGAUCUAGUAGCAGCAGCUCUAGGAGUAGAGAGAGGAGCAGCGAGAAAGACAGGAGCAGGGAGAAGGAGAGGAGUGGAGACAGGAGCAGCGAUAGAGACAGGGACUCCAGGAAGCAUAGUAGUAGUUAUUCCAGACGACACUAAACGGUCAACACAGCCAGAGGAGACAGAAGAGGACCCUAUGCCUGGGCCUAGUUUAAGUAAUACACGGUCAGGGUGGUUCUGUAUGCUGCUACACACUGUCUCUGGACCAUAUCAGCUUCUUACAGUCUCCACACACACACACACCUCUUUCUCUCCCUCCCUCCACCAAUGCUCUUCGUUCAUCUGUAGGUUACAGAAUGCUACACUGCUAUUAUGUUCUGUUUGACACAUGUAGUGUAGAUGCCAUAUGUACUGUAGUUUGAUCACUUGGUUAGUAUGUGUCUCCUUUGAGGAAAGAUAGAAAAAAUACUUAAACUUUUUAGGGUCACAGUGAAUGGCCUGUUUUGUGUUUCAGAAUAACAAUAUUACUGGGUUUCUGGGAACUGUAGUUCAGUAUUAGAGCAGGGAUCUUUAGUCCUAUGGCCAGACACCACACAGUCUCAGUAGAUAGACAGCUGAAGUCUAAGUCAAGUGUUUUCCCCUAGGAUAAAGAGAACGAAGCCAAAGACAAUCAGACAAAAAAAUGUCCAACAGCUUAACCAGACACACGUUUCCGAAUUCCACGUCUAACCACCAGACUAGACAGUAGUUUCAGUUCUAACUUGAUGUCACUAGAACAUAAAGUGGUUCUGUGAGAUUUAAUGAUGUCUGCAGUGUUCUGGUGAGAGAGAAUUGUAGGUGACUUUGUUUUGACGCACCAACCCCAGACUGAAGCCUAGUGUCACCAUGUUAACUUUUUGAAUGGUGUUCCUGCUAGUUCAAGCCAGGAGCCUGCCUGUCUGUGUACAUUUAAUUUGCCUUAUUGAUGAGUGUGUGAACAGAGCAGAGUGAGUGGGUAACGUUGUAUAUAGGUUGUAUAAAGGUUCAGGGGGUCGUCAAUCUGCUGUAUAUGCUCAUGUUUCUCUGUUCUGAUGGGUGGCUGCAUGUCCUCAACACACUGUGUCAUUUUAUUUGUUGAAAUAAAGAAACGACAGAAAAUA